UGUCGGCCCGCCAGAAUGGCCCAUCUUGGGCUACCGAUCCGCCAUUCGUCCUAUCCUUAACUCUCAUGGCCUCACUUCCAGCGUUGACAGACAUCCAAGCCUCCUCUUCCAGCUCGCAAUCGCCACUGGCAAACACCUUGGGGAUCCUCUUCGAGCACUCACCUAUCCUUGUCAACACGCUCGAACCACAGCUCAACGCCGUGCUGAAAUCAUCGCCUGUUCUCGACUCGUAUGCCCAGUUGAUUGAUGUUGCAUUGGCUGAACUUGCGAAGUGGGAUGCCGGGGCCCAGUCCGAGUUUAUUUCUGGACACCCUCGAAUCGGAGAGAGCGCGAACCUCUCGAAGCUAAGCGCGAAUGAACAGGGCGCACAAGGUGCAAUCCCGACACCCCCAGAAGUCCUUGCUCGCCUCGAACAUCUAAAUGCGCUGUACGAGGUCAAAUAUCCCGGCCUGCGCUAUAUCACGUUCGUGAAUGGGCGAAGUCGCGCGACGAUUGCUGAGGAGAUGGAAGGUGCAUUGAAGGUUCCCCAUUCCUUAUCACCUGAUGAACCACGACGAGACAGCAUCAUACCUGUCGAGGCCGGAGGGAAGGAAUGGAAGACUGAGUUGGACAGAGCCGUGUACGAUGUCGGACGCAUUGCGAAGAGUAGGUUGGGAAAGCUGGGAGUACAUUGAU